AUGGUUCAUACCGCUGAAUUCUUACCCUCUUCUGGGUCACUGAUAUCAUCCAUCUUGCAAGGUGGUUACCACCAUCCAUUAGCUCGUGAAUGGCAGCAAGAAAGACAGCUUACUAAGAACAUGUUUAUUUUCCCAUUAUUUGUCACCGAUAGACCAGAUGAAGAGAGCGAUAUUCCUUCGUUACCUAAUAUCAAACGUCGAGGAGUCAACAAGUUGAUUCCUUAUGUCAAAUCAUUAGUAGAAAAGGGUUUGAGAUCGGUGAUUUUGUUUGGUGUUCCAUUGAAGGAAGGCGUCAAGGACCAGGUUGGAACUGCUGCAGAUGAUCCAGAAGGUCCAGUUAUCCAGUCUAUUAAAUUGUUACGCAAAAACUUUCCAGAUUUGUUCAUCAUGUGUGACGUGUGUUUAUGUGAAUAUACUGACCAUGGUCACUGUGGUCUUCUUAACGAAGAUGGAACUUUAAAUAGAGAACCAUCAGUUCAAAGAAUCGCCGCCGUUGCUGUGAACUAUGCCAAGGCAGGCGCACACUCAGUUGCUCCUUCAGAUAUGAUGGAUGGUAGAAUUAAAGAUAUUAAGCUUGGUUUAAUUAAUGCUGGUCUUGGUAAUAAGUGUUUUGUUAUGUCCUAUGCUGCAAAAUUUUCUGGUAACUUGUAUGGUCCAUUCAGAGAUGCUGCUGGUAGUACUCCUGGUCAAGGUGACCGUAAGGCUUACCAAUUACCUCCAGGGGGUGCUGGUUUAGCUCGUAGAGCAUUAGUUAGAGAUAUGGAAGAAGGUGCUGAUGCUGUGAUUAUCAAGCCAUCAACCUUUUAUUUGGAUAUUGUUAGUGAUGCUUCUAGAUUAUGUCGUGACUACCCAAUCUGUACUUAUCAAGUGAGUGGUGAAUAUGCUAUGUUGCAUGCUGCUGCCGAAAAGGGAGUCUUUGAUCUCAAGGCUAUUGCAUUUGAAAGUCACCAAGGGUACUUAAGAGCUGGGGCAAGAUUAAUUAUCAGUUACUUCACCCCAGAAUUCUUGGAAUGGUUAGAUUUGUAA